UUCACAAAAAUAAAAAUAUUGCAAGAGAAGUAACACAAGGAAAGCUUUUAUAUUUUUAAUCAUACGUGUUUAAGCAUAUUGUUUAUAGUAGUUUAAUCAGAUUACAUAUAUAUAUAUAUAUAUAUUUAUACCUCCAAACAAACCAUGUCCAACAAAUUUGACGCCUUGAAGACGAGCGAUGACAGCGGAGAUGAUGAUUCCCAGCCUAGGGAUAUUCAGCGAGCUGACAAAGACACAUUGGUUUGUUCUCCUCCCAUAGAGAUAAAUCCAAACGAGCACAAGCUACAAUACGCAUAUUGCUUAUGGUACAGUAGACGAAAUCCUGGUAAGCAGACAAAUAUUCAAAGUUAUGACCAGAACUUAAAGCUCGUUGGUAGGUUUGCCAGUGUAGAACAAUUCUGGGGACUGUACAGCCACUUGGUCAGGCCCUCCGAACUCGCUCUACAAACAGAUUUCCACCUAUUUAAAGCUGGAAUUAAACCCAUGUGGGAGGACGAAGCAAACCAGAGAGGAGGAAAAUGGAUAGUAAGAUUAAGAAAAGGUUUAGUAUCUCGCUGUUGGGAAAAUCUUGUGAUGGCAAUGUUGGGUGAACAAUUUAUGGUUGGUGAGGAGAUUUGUGGUGCAGUUGUAUCUAUACGAUUUCAGGAAGACAUAAUCUGCGUUUGGAACAAAACUGCAUCAGAUGCUGCAACUACGGCUAGAAUUAGAGAUACGUUGAGGCGGGUGUUAUAUCUUCCUGCCAGUGCCUCAAUGGAGUACAAGACUCACAAUGACAGCCUCAAGUACCUUAAUAUGAUACCGCAACACCAACAUCACUGACUGAAGCUAUAAUAGAUUGUCAUUCAUUAGAGAUUAUUGUGCUAGUGGGGCGUAAUGUUCGGAAGCCUUGAAUAAAAACCAUCUAUUUCCAAAGUUGUCUGCAGUUUUCUGACUGCUUAUUAACUACACAGUGAUCUCGAAAUACGACUGGGAAACCGUUCUCGAGUACAAACCAAAAGCAAUUGUUCUAACAGUGUGAAGUUUUUACAAAUCAUGUAUACCAUCACCCUUACUUUUCGAUUGACGGACCGCUUGCUCGGUUCGUUUCAAUUGAUAAUAAACAGCAAAAAACUACCUGACAGUGAACAGUUGAUUCGAAAUAAAGGUGAUACUACUAUUAAUUAUCAA